GCGGGGCCGGGGGCUGGCGGCCGGCGGGGCUGAGCGGGGCGGAGCGGGCGCAGCGCCGGGGCCGGUGCCGCAGAGCAGCCGCCGCGGAGGGAGGUCGGCCACGAUGGGCUCGGUGGGAGCUGAGCGCUUCAAGGAGCUGAGCCCGGUGGGGACCCCAGAGGGCAAUGUGGUGAUGAGCUUCAGCUUCGACAGCUACCAGCUGGAGGAGGACGAGCUGCAGCGGGGCAGCCAGGCCAAGGGUGUCCUCACCUUCAUGGAGCCAGUUUCUGAGGAUCCUGAGCCCCAAGAUCGAUACCAUGGGAUCUACUUUGCCAUGCUGCUGGCUGGGGUGGGAUUUCUCCUGCCAUACAACAGCUUCAUCACUGAUGUGGACUACCUGCACCAUAAAUACCCAGGGACCUCCAUUGUCUUUGACAUGAGCCUCACCUACAUCCUGGUGGCUUUGGUGGCCGUCAUCCUCAACAACGCGCUGGUGGAGCUGCUGAGUUUGCACACCCGGAUCUCCGUGGGCUACCUCUUUGCCCUGGGGCCCCUGCUCUUUGUCAGCAUCUGCGAUGUGUGGCUGGAGCUCUUCAGCCGCAGACAAGCCUAUGCCAUCAACCUGGUGGCCGUCGGGGUGGUGGCCUUUGGCUGCACAGUGCAGCAAUCCAGCUUCUACGGCUACACAGGGCUGCUGCCCAAGCGCUACACCCAGGGAGUGAUGACAGGAGAGAGCACCGCUGGGGUCAUCAUCUCGCUCAGCCGGAUCUUCACCAAGCUGCUGCUGUCGGACGAGAAGGAGAACACGGUCAUCUUCUUCUUCAUCUCCAUCGGCAUGGAGCUGACCUGCUUCAUCCUGCACCUGCUGGUGAAGCGCACUCGCUUCGUUCGCUACUACACAGCCUGCCCCCGCCAGGGCCUCCCCGAGGGGCGGGGGGCCGGCGACCCCGGGACCGGCUACCGCGUCCACCACGACGUCACUGCCGAGGACAUCCGAUUUGAGAGCCGGCAGCGAGGGCAGCCAAGCUCUCCCCGGGGCAGCCCAGGCGCCGAAGCUGAGCUGGCUGGCAGCGGCACCUACGUGCGCUUCGACGUCCCUCGGCCCAAGAUCAAGAGGAGCUGGCCCAGCUUCAGAGACAUGCUGCUGCACCGCUACGUCGUGUCCCGCCUCAUCUGGGCCUACAUGCUCUCCAUCGCCAUGACCUACUUCAUCACCCUGUGCCUCUUUCCUGGGCUGGAGUCGGAGAUCCACAACUGCACCCUGGGGGAGUGGCUCCCCAUCCUCAUCAUGGCCAUCUUCAACCUCUCCGACUUUGUUGGCAAGAUCCUGGCUGCCCUGCCCUACGACUGGAGAGGGACCCACCUCCUCAUCUAUUCCUGUGUCCGUGUGGUCUUCAUCCCCCUCUUCAUCAUGUGUGUCUACCCCAACGGGAAGCCCACCUUCGGCCACCCCGCCUGGCCCUGCAUCUUCUCCCUCCUCAUGGGCAUCACCAACGGCUACUUUGGCAGCGUGCCCAUGAUCCUGGCUGCUGGCAAAGUGAGCCCUGAGCAGCGGGAGCUGGCAGGGAACACCAUGACUGUGUCCUACAUGACAGGCUUGACGCUGGGCUCCGCCGUGGCCUAUUUUGCCUACAGCCUCACCAGUACGUCCCACAGCAGCUGUUUCUACACCGAAAUCUCCAACGGCUCCUUCACGUCAGGGUACUGAGACCUGGGGUGGGGUGAUGGGGACAAGAUGGGACCUGCUUCCCACUCUGGUUCCCCACCGCCCCUCUUGGCCCACAUCCCUCCUAGAGGAGGGAGCCUGGAGCCAGAAAGCUGUCCUGGGGUGGACAGGGACCGGCACUGUGUUGGCAUAGGGCUGUGGCAUCUCAACACAGCCCAUGCUGCCCAGGCAGAUGCUGCGCAGGGAUGCUUCUCUUGGUGCCAUUCCUCCCCCAUUGGGAGACGGCCCUGCUGCUCUUGGGGGGCUCCCCAUAAGCCAUGUGCAGCUGUUCAGUAGAGGCAGGGGGGGUCUUCUCCUCUGUGUGCCAAGCCAUCGCCAGGAGCAAGAAAACACUGCCAAAUCCCAAAGGGCAGAGGACCUGUGCUGGGGAGAAGGGUGGUGGAGGGGUAGUGAGGAAGAGCAAGAGAGGAAGGAAGCAGACCUUUGAAGGAUGAGCCUCAGCUUUCACCAGCGGUGCUGUAGGUUUUCAGCAGGUCUGGCUUGAAAUGAUGAUCUUCCCCAAAUAUGCCAAAAAAGACCCAACUCACUUUUGCUGAUUGGAAAAAAGUCUCUUUUGCUUGUGUCUUGUUUUUACCCUGCCCCUGACUGCAAGUGAGGCAGGGUCUUGGCUUCCCCAACCUCACACUGUGGAUCAUCACAAUGGGGCAGAGGGGAGAGGGGCUUUUGAGGCCACAGCAGGGCAGAUGCCUCCCAUAGAUCACUGCUGGGCUUCAGAAUUUAUUGCAAGGGACAUAAAUGAGGCUGAUGCCACAUGAAAUGUCCUUGCAGUGCU